AUGAAAUUGGCUCACGAAGAAAUCCAAGAUACCGUUCGACUUAUUGAUGAUGCAUUUGUGAAACUUUGUGAUCUUGUAAACGAUUCGUCUGUCGUUGUUCGUACAAAGGCCUGUGUCAUGAUGGCAUCUUAUCAACAUGUCGAAUUUAAUGUCAUGUCCCAGACAUUCAGCAAACGUAUUAUGUCUAACUUGAGACGCAGACUUGGAUUCAGCACGUAUCGUGGUCAGAAAAGGCCUACAGUUGUUACGGAUGGAAAUUUCGAUGCUGCCUCUAGCGAGUUUAGACUUUUGGAUUCAGGAGCAUGUGGUGCUUUUGUACAUGGUCUGGAAGAUGAAUUCCAAGAAGUAAGAAGUGCUGCGAUUGAUUCAAUCUGCGAAUUGUGCAUGUACAAUGACAAACUUAUUCGUAGUGCAGUAGACUGUCUUGUAGAUAUGUUUAACGAUGAAAUUGACCGGGUUCGUAUUAACGCUAUACAAAGUCUGCGCAAGAUUGGAACACGGGAAACCCUUUCUUUCAAUGCAGAACAGCUCGAAAUUGCAGUGGGAGCAUUGGAAGAUAAUGACCCGACAGCAAGAGAAGCUACACAUGAACUUAUUAGAGUUAUUCGAAUUGACAAAGAAAGCUCGAUGCAAACAUUAUUGGAUGCUCUAAUGGCAAAUAUGAAAAGAUUUCCCGAAGACCAGCUCUCAAUAUUCCGUUGCUUACGAGAUGUUGGAAAGAGACAUGGCGAUUAUUUGGGAUCAAUGGUUCCUUCACUACUGAACCUGGAUAGACGGUACCUUCCGAGAGAACCUACAGUAGAAGAUAGUUUAUAUGCAUCCAAUGUAAUAUUGAUUGCAAACGCAUGUACAACCAACAUGAGUAUAUCCGAAAUGCUGCCAAAAUACAUCUAUCGACAUUUUGCAUAUUACCAAAGCAAAUAUCCAGACUGCAUUCCUGAUUUGAGGAAAAUGUACAAGUCUGCAAACAUUGUCUUGCAAGGAGACAUUGAUUGCUUGCCAACGAAUUUUGCAGUUACCGCACAUAAUCUGGUCACUGACGAUGUGGAAAAGUACAUGGCUGUCACCCUUGAUAUGCUCAAAACAAUUGGCCUUCAAUUAGAGCGCAAAGACUACACUGGAGCUUUAUUGACAGUCGAGGCAGCGGAUAGAAAUUUUGAAUAUAUUGCGACUUUAAAGCCAUCCCUUGCUGGAAAAUCUAAGCUGGCAAUACUUUAUCUUCAAUGCUGUGAAUUAGUGAUCAGAAUUAAGCAAAGCCACUCGUCACCAACGUAUGCUGCAACCGCGCAAAUGGCAGCAGCAUCUCUUCUUCGUCUUUCUUAUACUAUUGAACACACAUUUCUGGGACUCUCUAAAGAGACUCGCCACUCUAUUAUGUAUUUCCGUGCUCUGGCCAAUAUCACAUGGAUGUUUGGAAUGCUUAAACAGAUGCCAAUCUCAAACAAAACUCCAUUUACCAUCAAGAACAUGCUAGUGGCCUCUUUACAAAGGAUGACUUUAAUAGAAAAAAAAUUCAACAAAGAUGAUAACAAAUGUUCCGGUAUUUCUACUCUGAGGUCAGAUUUGGCAGAGGCAACAAUCUCACCUUCAACAGCAAAAGUGUCUGCUUUACAGUCAUUUGUCAAUACAUUUCUACCUCUCCCAGUCUUUCUGAGUAAUCCCAUAAGGCACACAAGUGCUGUAAUUACCCACCCAAUCUCAAAUAUCGACAAACCUCACCGAUUUGUGUACCAAUUUCCCACCGAGCUGAGAGUGGAGGCUGACAUCUUAAACGUCGCGGAUCCGAAUGAUAUUGCAAUUGAGAUCAUGUAUCCUGAUAAAACUUCUUCAGUUUUCUGGCCCACAGCGGAUGAAUUUAAACCUGUUACUCCUUACUGCUACAAGCUAAAUGCCUCCAUUGUGGUUAAAUUCGCUAUGUGGACAGAAACUGCGGUGGUGGAGAUUUCUGUGGUGCGUUCCUUUGAGCCUGAUUUACCUGGACUAGACGAGUAUAUCAUGAAAUAUCCAAACGCAAAGCCACGAAAGACAUCUAAUAACUUUAAUACUACGGCCACUACAUCAAUCAGUGAACCGAUAAAGUAUUCGCUUCACCCUACCAAACUGUGA